AUGGAGGAGAAUACAUUAUCGCUGCGACAGCCCAUCACAAAUCUAUUGGCCCUGCCGCGGGAAAUACAAGAUGUAAUCAUCGCGCACCUUGACUUAGGCCAACCAAGUAGCGAACGACGAUUCUGUUGCAUGCCAGAUCGCACUCUCCUUGACUUGUCAUACACAUGCAAAACCCUACGUACAGCUGGUAUGCCUGCGAUAUACAAGCACAUCAACUUUAUUGCAUGGGAGAUGAACGUAGACCAUCCAUUCCAUCGCACAGCCGCCCUCCUCCGGACACUUUCAUCGUCCGAUCACCUACGCAGAUGCAUACAAACACUCGAAAUACGGCGCUUAGACCCAGCUGAUAGAACCGCUGAGCAGUUGCUGGAGCACACACCACGCCUCGCAAGCCUUUCAUACUGCUAUUACAUUGACUUUUACCACGAGGGCGAUCCGCUGCCUAUCAACACGAAACGUCUUCUAAGCGCGCUUGGGCAUGUUCAAGGAACUCUGCGGCAUCUGACCAUUGGGUAUAAAGCGAGGACAAAGUACCAUGGGCUCUCGAAUCGGCAGCGGCCGCCGAUACUACACUCUCCUUGCUCGUUCAGGCAUUUCGCAGUGGUAGAGCACCUGGUCAUUCCGCUGGACGUACUUCUCGGCUGGGAUGUAGAGCAAGCGCCGCCACUUGCGGAUGUCCUUCCGCCGAGUCUUGUCAGUCUCAACUUCGAGCGAGGAGCGCAGCAUGGCUUCCAGGACCCAACUGAGCAUGACCCAUUGUAUGCGGUACUGAAGCCAUUCGUCGAGGGAGGGGAGUGGAAAUCUCACACGCCAAGGCUCAAGCGUGUGAGUGGAGACAUUCGCGUGGGUGAUCCUGUUGCGGGAGGAUACAGGGAGUUGUACAGGAGGAGCAAGGCGGUGGAGAAACUCCUGAACGACAACGGGCUGGAUUAUCCUGAAGAUGUGGAACAGCUGCUGGCGAAUAAUUUCCUACUGCCACAGGGCGAGUGGAGAGGGGGGAGGAAGGCGUUUACGAAGCGGCUGAUGUGGGAGAAUCUCGGGCUGGAGAAAUGA